AUGCACGACAAUGAUGUGACAGACCCUGGUGUCACAGAAGGCGCCGACAACAACUGCAGUAAAUACGACAACUCCGAUGCGGGGGCACCACUCUUCAAGGAAUCAAGGGCAGUGAGAGAGCAGUUAAGCACAUAUGAAGGGAGGGAGCAGCUCUGCCCACAGCCCAGCGGACAGGAAGCAGUGACGGAGGGGGUGCCGGGACCGAGGGGCCUGUGCUCAGUCCCACCUGUGCCCGAGUGCCUGACACCUGGGACCAGCGCUCCUCAAGCUCAGGGCUGGGCUGGUCCUGGCUUGUACCCGUGUAGGAAAGCUGGUCACGAACACACCAGCCCUGUGUUUAGUGGCACCACAUUCCAGCGAGAGAUACUGACCUUCCUGCAAAAUACAGAGAAGCUUUCGCUAUUGUUGAUGGAUAGCAAGUGCAGAAACAGUGAACUGCCCCCAAGCACUUCCCACGAUCUUCGGAUAAGGUCUCUCCAUGACUUUUUCAAUGGUUCCCUUGAGUUCACGCCUGCAACCUUCACUCCUGUGGGCAUCCCUGGGCUGGAAGCCGGGCAGAUCUGGAUGUCAACCCCCUUCUGUGUGACACACGUCACUAUCUUCCUAGGCAACGGCAUCCUUCUUCAUCUCAUCCGGUUUGACCCUGCUUUGCGCCAGCCCGUGCACUGCUCUCUGGCCAUGAUGGCCUCUGUGGAACUCGGUGGCUCUGCUUCCACCACGCCCACCGUGGUGGGCACCUUCCUCCUUGGCAUCAGUGACAAGUUUGGUGGCUGUCUGCUCCAGAUGUUUUCCAUGCGUUCUUUCACCCUCAUGGAGGCAGGUGUGCUUCCGGCCAUGUCGGUAGACCGCCUUGUGGCCACACGCCGCCCACUGCGAUACACCACCGUUCUGACAAUUUCUCGCAUCAGCGGGAUGGGUGUCACCAUUGCCUUAUGGCACGUGACACUCAAGGUCCCACUGCUUCUUCUCAUGAAGCGUCUGCCCUUCUGUGGUCACAACGUCCCCACACACUCUUACUGCCUCCACUCAGAUCUGAUCAGAUUGCCCUGUGGAGACACCCGCCCCAACAGGACCCUGGGUCUGUCUGUCAUUUCCUUCACAUUCGGGCUGGACUCACUGUUCAUUGCGAUUUCCCACGUGCUGGCUCUUCACACAGUUCUGGGGGUGGCCUCUGGGGCAGGGCGGUGGGGGGCUCUCAGCACGUGUGUGUCCCUCGUCUCUGCUGGGCUGGUGGAUCGUGUGCCCAAGGUCAGCCUCUCCUUGUUGCAUCGUUUUGGGCAACAUUUACCUCUGCCCCUCCAGACGGCCAUGGCCAGCGUUUACUUUUUCUUCCCCCCUGGGGUCAACCCCAUUGUCUACAGCAUCAAAACCAAGGAAAUUGGCCACAGCAUUGCUCGUACACUGUCUAGAAAGACGGGUGCGGUAUCUCGGAGGACUCCCUGA